AUGGACUCUCUCCUUGCAUUGAAAAUAAGAAAAUUCGCCGACCUAGUGGAUCGAACUGUGAUUCUAGAGGAAAAUCUACGCGUUCGAACGAGAGAGUUUAAUGAGAAGAAAAGGCAAUUUCAAGCCUUUGAGCAGAAUAAAGGCAAGAGGCCGAUUUAUAGCCAAGCGCCCAAGCCUCUUCAGAUGGUCAAGGCCCCUCAGCGCGGUACAAUGACACCUCGCCUUGCGUGCCAAACAUGUGGCAAGCCCCAUGCUGGAAAAUGCCUGAUGGGAACCAACACCUGCUUUAAGUGCGGUAACGCAGGCCAUGUAGUAUGGGAUUGCCCAACUCUCACGGCUCCUAAUGUGCAGACACCUAAUCCAGGGCAGAAGAAUUUAGUAUCAGCCCGAGUAUUCGCUCUUACCAUGGAUGAUGUUGAUGCCUCCUUUGAUGUGGUGACAAGUAUUCUUAUCCUGUUUUCACAUCGUGCAUUAGUACUAUUCGAUUCUGGUGCUACGCAUAUUCAUUUAUAUCCCGUAGAUAUGUUUGUUUGA